AUGAAUCCUUCUUCUCUUUUCCGUACCGCCGCACGCUCGGCAGGCCGGCUAGGCAAGGUCCGCACCGUGCCACACCCUGCUGCUGUGCGUGGAUAUGCCACGACCUUCAAUUGGGAGGACCCUCUGCUCGCAUCGGAGCUAUAUACAGAGGAAGAACUUGCGAUUCAGGAUACUGCGAGACAAUAUUGCCAGGAAAGAUUGCAACCACGGGUUCUGGAUGCCUACCGAAAUGAGGAUUAUGACCGAGAGAUCCUUGCAGAGAUGGGCGAACUUGGCUUACUCGGUGCCAGUAUUGAGGGUUAUGGUUGCGCAGGCGCAAGCACAGUUGCUUCUGGUUUGAUCACGAAGGAGGUGGAGCGCGUGGAUUCGGGAUAUAGAUCGGGAAUGUCUGUGCAGAGCUCCUUGGCUAUGACCGCCAUUCAUGAAUUUGGAAGCCAGGAACUCAAGGAUAGACUUCUCCCGGAUCUGGCGAAGGGCAAGCUGGCAGGUUGCUUUGGUCUUACCGAGCCAAACCACGGCUCUGACCCCGGAUCAAUGGAGACAACCGCGCGUGAACACCCUACGCAAAAGGGUGUAUACCUCCUCUCCGGCAGCAAGACCUGGAUUACGAACUCGCCUAUCUCCGACGUCUUGGUUGUGUGGGCUAAAUUGCAAAGUACGGGGAAGAUUCGUGGGUUUGCUGUUGAACGCAGCAAAUGCCCACCGGGAACGAUCGAGACUCCUUCGCUCAAGAACAAGACCGCUCUCCGCGCUUCUAUCACAGGAAUGAUCCAGUUAGACGACUGCCCGGUAGCUGCGGAGAACAUGUUCCCCGAUGUCGAAGGCUUAACUGGACCUUUUACCUGCCUUAACAGUGCUCGUUUGGGUAUUGCUUUUGGAGCCAUGGGAGCUCUUGAGGACUGCAUUGACCGUGCCAGAACCUACUCUUUGGAACGGAAGCAAUUCAAGGGCAACCCCCUGGCAAAGUACCAGCUGAUUCAAAAGAAGCUGGCGGAUGCCGCCACGGAUGCUACAUAUGGCACUUUGGCUGCAACCCAGGUUGCCAGACUGAAGGACGCUGGAAAAUCCACUCCCGAGAUGAUUUCAUUGAUCAAGAGGCAAAAUUGUGACCGGGCGCUUGCCAAUUCUCGGAUACUUCAAGAAAUUUUCGGCGGAAAUGCUACCAGUGACGAGUAUCAUAUUGGUCGGCACGUAGCGAACCUAUUCGUGGUGCAAACAUACGAGGGACAAAGUGAUAUCCAUGCUUUGAUCUUGGGCCGCGCCAUUACUGGUGUGCAGGCGUUUGUAUAA